ACGGUGCCAGCUGCUAGCUACGUUAGCCACAAGACAGUUAGCAACUAGCUGCAGAGUCGUAGCGCCUUAACAGCCGAUGAGGGACUGAGCGAGAAGUGUGUGCGUGACAGCGUGCGUGGCGACACCUGCAGCCUCCGCUGCGCGGUCCCGAAGUCACUCUUUGUGUUCGUGUGUGUGCGUGUGUAUAUACAUAUAAACUCCCCUAUCUCCCUCUUCCUCUCCGGAGCAGCGGCGUGUGUUUAUCUGUGUGUGCAUGUGUGUGUGUGGGGUUAGCAUACACACAUAAACACUCGAUAGUCGACAUUUGGUGUCCAGUUACUUGCCAGCGGAUUCACAUCAUUAGCUGACACCGACAGAGCACCAGCAGCAUGAUGAUGAGGUACACUGUCGUCCGAGGCGGCCUCGGCCUGUUGACUGUGAGGAGGGUGUGUCUUUCCCCCCGCUCCACCCACUCUUCCUCGCAGAGCGAGUAUCGACCAAUCAAGAAAGUCAUGGUGGCCAAUAGAGGUGAAAUCGCCAUCCGCGUGUUCAGAGCCUGCACUGAACUGGGGAUUCGAACCGUGGCCAUCUACUCCGAACAAGACACGGGACAAAUGCACAGGCAGAAGGCAGACGAGGCUUACCUGAUUGGAAAAGGUCUGCCACCUGUUGCGGCGUACCUGGACAUUCCCAACAUCAUCCAAGUAGCCAAGGACAACGACGUGGACGCCAUCCACCCGGGCUACGGCUUCCUGUCUGAGCGCUCGGACUUCGCCCAGGCCUGCGUGGACGCCGGCGUGAGGUUCAUUGGACCGUCUCCGGAAACGGUCCGCAAGAUGGGCGACAAGGUGGAGGCUCGUUCCCUGGCCAUCAGCGCAGGUAUACCUGUGGUCCCAGGAACCGACGCCCCCAUCUCCUGCGCGCAGGACGCGCAGGUCUUCGCCCAAACGCACGGCUUCCCCAUCAUCUUCAAAGCGGCGUACGGAGGAGGCGGCCGCGGCAUGAGGGUGGUCCGAGAGUCCGAGGAACUGGAGGAGAAUUACCAGCGGGCCUCCUCUGAAGCCCUGACUGCUUUCGGGAACGGAUCCCUGUUUGUCGAGAAGUUUAUUGAAAAGUCUAGACACAUUGAAGUGCAGAUCCUCGGCGAUAAAUACGGUAAUGUCAUCCACCUCUUCGAGAGAGACUGCUCCAUUCAGCGGCGGCACCAGAAGGUGGUGGAGAUUGCUCCCGCGUUCCAGCUGGACCCUCAACUGAGAAACCAACUUCACACCGAUGCGGUCACCCUCGCCCAACAGGUGGGCUACGAGAACGCAGGCACCGUGGAGUUCCUGGUCGACAGAAACAACAAACACUUCUUCAUUGAGGUCAACUCUCGACUCCAGGUUGAGCACACGGUCACCGAAGAAAUCACCGACGUGGACCUGGUGCAUGCCCAGCUGCAUGUGUGUGAGGGCCGCAGCCUGCCAGAACUGGGCCUCAAGCAGGAAAAUAUCCGGGUGAACGGCUGCGCGAUCCAGUGCAGAGUGACGACCGAGGACCCGGCCAGAGGCUUCCAGCCAGACACCGGGAGGAUUGAGGUCUUCCGUACCGGCGAGGGCAUGGGCAUCCGUCUGGACAGCGCCUCCGCCUUCCAGGGCGCCAUCAUUUCGCCCCACUACGACUCCCUGCUGGUGAAGGUCAUCGCCAGCGGGAAGGACCUGCAGACGGCAGCUUCCAAGAUGAGCCGAGCCCUGGCCGAGUUCAGAGUGCGAGGGGUCAAGACCAACAUCCCGUUCCUCCAGAACGUCUUCAACAACCACCAGUUCCUCCACUCCACCGUGGACACCCAGUUCAUCGACGAGAACCAGGAACUCUUCAACCUCAAGCCCACCCAGAACCGAGCCCAGAAGCUGCUGCACUACCUGGGUCAUGUGAUGGUAAACGGACCAAUCACACCCAUCCCAGUCAAGGCCAAGCCUUCCUCCAUAGACCCGGUCAUCCCUCCUGGCACCACGGGCGACCCUCCGAUAGGUUUCCGCGACGUGUUGCUGCGCGACGGUCCCGAGGGAUUCGCCAAGGCUGUCCGUGCCCACCAAGGCCUGUUGCUAAUGGAUACCACCUUCAGGGAUGCCCACCAAUCGCUCCUGGCGACUAGGGUUCGGACCCACGACCUGAAGAAGAUCUCGCCUUUCGUCAGCCACAACUUCAGCAACCUUUACAGCCUGGAGAACUGGGGAGGUGCUACCUUUGAUGUGGCCUUGCGCUUCCUGUCCGAGUGUCCGUGGAAGAGACUCCAGGAGCUGCGAGCUUUGGUCCCGAACGUGCCCUUCCAGAUGCUGCUGCGAGGGGCCAACGCCGUGGGCUACACCAACUACCCUGACAACGCCGUCUUUAAGUUCUGCGAGGUGGCCAAGGAGAACGGCAUGGACAUCUUCCGCGUGUUCGAUUCCCUGAACUACCUGCCCAACAUGCUGCUGGGCAUGGAGGCCGCUGGGGCGGCAGGUGGCGUCGUGGAGGCGGCCAUCUCGUACACCGGCGACGUCUCUGAUCCGAUGAGGCAGAAGUACUCUCUGGACUACUACAUGAACCUGGCGGACGAGCUCGUCAAGGCCGGAACCCACAUCCUCUGUAUCAAGGAUAUGGCCGGCCUGCUGAAGCCACAGUCCAGCAAGCUUCUGAUUGGCUCUCUGAGAGACCGCUUCCCUGAUAUGCCCAUCCACGUGCACACACACGACACGGCCGGCGCCGGUGUAGCCGCCAUGCUGGCUAGUGCUGAGGCUGGAGCUGACGUAGUGGAUGUGGCGGUCGACUCAAUGUCCGGGAUGACCUCUCAGCCCAGCAUGGGAGCCAUUGUGGCCUGCACCAAGGGGACCGAGCUCGACACCGGCAUCGCUCUGGAGAAGGUAUUCGACUACAGUGAGUACUGGGAGGUAGCCAGAGGCCUGUACGCUCCAUUCGACUGCACUGCCACCAUGAAAUCUGGCAACGCCGACGUCUACGAGAACGAGAUACCCGGAGGACAGUACACCAACCUUCACUUCCAGGCUCACAGCAUGGGACUCGGAAACAAGUUCAAGGAGGUGAAGAAGGCCUACGUCGAGGCCAACAAAAUACUCGGGGAUCUCAUUAAGGUGACUCCAUCCUCAAAGAUUGUGGGUGACUUGGCUCAGUUCAUGGUGCAGAACAACCUGACCAGGGCGGAAGUGGAGGAGCGGGCGGAUGAGCUGUCCUUCCCCCUGUCUGUGGUGGAGUUCCUGCAGGGAUACAUCGGGAUACCACAUGGAGGAUUCCCAGAGCCCUUCAGAUCUAAGGUGCUGAAGUCACUCACUCGUAUCGAGGGUCGUCCCGGCGCCUCUCUGCCUCCCAUGGACUUCGACGCCCUGGAGGCGGGUCUCCGAGCUGCACACGGCGAGGACAUCACCCCUGAGGAUGUGAUGUCAGCCGCCAUGUACCCCAAGGUGUUCCAGGAGUUCAAGGAUUUCACCGCUAACUUCGGUCCAGUGGACUGCCUCAGCACCAGGCUGUUUCUGGAUGGACCCAAGAUUGCCGAGGAGUUUGAGGUGGAGCUGGAGAGGGGGAAGACCCUCCACAUCAAGGCGCUGGCCCUGGGGGACCUGAACAAGGCCGGCCAGAGGGAGGUCUUCUUUGAGAUGAACGGACAGCUGAGGUCUGUGCUGGUUAAAGACACAGUCGCCAUGAAGGAAAUGAAGUUCCAUCCUAAGGCCCUGAAAUCUAUCAAGGGUCAGGUGGGGGCCCCCAUGCCCGGAAAAGUCCUGGAGGUCAAAGUGGAAGUGGGAUCCAAGGUGGAGAAAGGUCAGCCGCUGUGUGUCCUCUCAGCCAUGAAGAUGGAGACGGUGGUCAACUCCCCGGUGGCCGGCACCAUUAAGGCGGUGCAUGUCACGACCGAGUCCUCCCUGGAGGGAAAUGACCUGAUACUGGAAAUCGAAGAGUAGAGCGAGAGAGCAGAGCGAGGCGUGGGGGAGUAGUCGUAGUAUUAGUAGAGUUACAUCAUCGGAUUCUGGAAGUGGUGAAGUGGAGGAGGAGGGAAGGUUACAAAGAUAGGAGGAAGAGGACUCAAUGAGAUCUUUGGCAGGACAUGUUAACCCUGACUUGUACAUACUGGAGUUCCACUGGGGAAACUAAAUGAAGCACAGCUCCACAUAUCCAGACACAGGGAGGGUGUAAAUAGUCGAGCAUGUGAUGAUCCUAAAUAAUAUAUUAAUUUGAUGGAAAUUCCUGAUUGAAUUGUACCACUAAUCCAAUUAUUUAACUGUGGUGAUUAGAUCGAAAACACUAUAUCUCAAUGUCCUGUCAACUUGUGGAAAAUAAGAUUUUUUUUUUAGAAAGACAUUAUACAUGUGAAUUGUGAUGCAUUCCAUUAAUUAAAUGCUAGUCUUAAAUGUGAUGUACUGCAAAAUAACCAUGUGUAACACUAACGAGGUUGUAACGUCAACUUGCAAUUAAAUGCCACAAUUUCCAUUUCAAUGCUGUUGAUUAAUAUAUUCAAAGUGAGUCGGUGAGACUUUGUAUUCAUUUAAGUAAUGUACUCGGCGGUGGUUCAGACAAAGAGGAAGUAUUUCUAAAUCACUUUCAGACAGGAAAUUAUUUUUCUUCGUUUUCAGAAUGCUCGCAUUUGCAAGACAUUCGUCCCCGUGGAGCGGUCGACUCCAAUAAACAAUAUUGUUCGAUGGAAAGACAACGAAGCACACGAGGGCUGAAGGACAGGAAUCACAAUACUUCUCCAACCGGUUUUAGAAUAUGUAAUAAAUCAUACAGACAUCCAAUGUUGCACCAAAGUGAGAGGUUUUAUAUUACUGUAUCAGUAAUAUAGUAGAUGGUUUAGUUUUGUUAAAGAUCUGCUGGUGUUGAAAAUGUUUCCCCAUUCACACCGUCUUUAAAAUCCCAAAGCCAUAAGCAUUCAGCUGACCACUAAAAGUAAUUAAGCUCUAUCUGCGUGAUCAUUUUAUAGAUCUAAAGACAAUAGAGUGGUACGGCGAUAUUUGAGGCCCUUUGUUACUCUCUGAUUUAAUAUUAUAAUGUAAUGGAAAAGUUCAGAGCAGCUCCACCUGCCUUUCUAGACCAAUCUGCUCGGGGUGUAAAUGGGAUGAAGGCACGUGGUGUUAUUUACUAAAUCUCAGCUGAUUUAAUUUAUGAGUUAAUUCUCCGUCAAAUGAUGUGAAAUUAGCCGGAUUUAGAAGAUACUCUGAAGACUCCGAGAGAGAGAGAGUAUUUUAAAGAUAGUCGACCAGCUCCCACAAUGCUGCACCUCCCAGAGCUGAAAGAAAGAAAUAAAAUAUGCAUCCACACGCAUUGAUGCAAAAAUAUUCAUGUUAACACUCCCGCUCCCCGAGUGCUGCCUGGAUAAAAAGAUAACCAAGCACACCGCAUCGUUGUGUGGCUCCGUCGCCAUAGUAACCCCGCGUCCUAAAACGUGUAACGGCGCUGCAGCCUCGGCCCGGUGUAUCAACUCAAUGUUCGACUAAUCUCUGGCCUUUUAAUUAUUCGAAGGUCUUGAACUUGAAAUUGAUCUCUCCGGAAUUAAAUGUUUCCCCCGGCCAGAGAACCGAGAAUAAAGACCGCAUAUCGAAGUGUGGCGGCGUGAAGCGUUUGGGACAGCGAGACAGAAAAGCGGAGCUUUCCUAAACGGCUUUGACGGAACACAUCGAUCGACACACGGAAUUGAAGUAAACUAAACGUCAAUAGCGAGCAGCGCCGCUGCGGCCCGCUAGAACCUCGAUGGGUCUCUUCCCGCUCAGCCCACUGCCCCCCGUGCCGCUCCCGGCCUUUUGAGAGCGAUGAACUCGGAGAUUGUACGUAUGAGUGUGUUUUUUUCCGACAAGCUGUUGCACAAUAAUGUCACGCUCCCUCUUCCUCUCUUUUCCGGCCUCAUCCUCCGAUCCAACCAGCGUCCACCAUGCUUCCCACUCCAUCCCCCUCUUCCUCCUCUCAGCCGUGUACAUGUUCACAUGUAAGAUGAUGUCAUCUCAUGCAAUGAUGUAGACCUCACCGCAGUGUUUCUCCGUCUCAACCAGCAGUGGUUAUAACGACCACAUUUAUGACAAUGUGCUAUUGUUUAGUGUCUAGGGAGGGAAAAUAACAUGUUACCAUUCUUUUUCCCCUCCAUUGCUUCCCUUGUGUGUUUUUCUGAAACCAAACAAACUCUUUACUCCCAGUACAGCUGGCGUGACUGCCUGCAGAUUCAGAAUGUCUCCCUGGAAAUCUAAAUCAUCACCAGUGGGAAAGUUGUCUUUCAUUUUCUUAUUUCUAAAUCAUCUUAUUUGUGAAAUCCACAUUUUAGUGUCAUUUUAAUCGACGACGUUCAUUUACAAUCUAUGUAUGUUUAAGUCCAAGGAAAGACAGACAAUAAGUUGGAGCACACAAAGGGAAAGCAAUAUUAUAAAAGCGAUAAUUGUUCUUGUUUUAUCUGUACUUAAAAAUAAAGUUAACUAUAAUGAA